CCCAUGUGACGUCAGAUAUGGAGAUAAAAAGGAGGGGGGGUCGUGGGGGAGAGGGAGGGGUUUAUCCUGAUGAUGCGUGCCGUUAUGAUGAGAGAGAGAGGGGGCGGGGCCGUGUGCGUGACGUCACUGUGAGCAGCCGCUUCUCCUUUUAAAGCCGCCGGUCGGACCGACAGACAGACAGACAGACAGGCUGCAGGACUUUAAAUACCUCUGAGCGGCUCUAACGGGACAUUUGACAGCUGAGACGCGUUCAGGCUCCUCCGGACAUCUCUCUCUCUCUCUUCUCUCUGUUCUCCUCCUCUGAUGGAGCCGCAGCCGCUGCUCCGCUGCCCGCACCGCCCGCCCGCCGCCCACCGCCGGGACUGAAGCUGAGGCUGCCCGGUGUCUCUCCCCCGGUGUCCUCUCCGUCCUCUCCGUCCUCUCUGUCUCUCAGCGGGCCGUCGUCUCCUCCGUGACUCUCUGUUCCCAUGCGAUUCUUCAGACUCACAUUCAAGUGUUUCGUGGAUUGUUUUUGAAGGUCGCUAUCCGAGUAUUGGUUUCAUUCUCUUUAUUUUUUAUUUUAACAAUUUAUUUUUUAUUUUAUUUUUUAAAUAUUUUUACAAUCUUAUUUUGCAUCGCAGGAAAGAAAUGUCUCCAGAUUAUUACUAGACAUUCUGAAUUUGUAAAUUAAAUUGGAUUGAUAAAUAAAACUGCAGAUUUUUAAAGAAAAAUCAGAGUUAUUAUUAAACUGAAGGAGAAGAAGAAACAGAGCGAGAGCAGGACCUGCUGUAGACUGACUCAUCUGUUCAAAGACAGAAGAGAUUGAACUGACCAGUGAAACCAGUGCUGACUGACUGUGUGUUACUGGGCUUUGACUGGUGUCUGAUAGUGAGAGAGUAACUGAUUUUUGGACUGAUAAAAGAACAGAAAUCUGCUUUAAACUUGAAAGAACUGCAAAAUAUAAGAGAGAAGAGACUGAACCCACCAGUGAAACCAGUGCUGACUGACUGUGUGUUACUGGGCUGCAACUGGUUUGUGAAAGUGGGAAAGAAACUGAUUUUAAAGGUGCAAAAAACUGCAAAAUUAAAGGGAACGUUGGGACUGAAAUUGUUCAAAUUGUGCAACCAGAAAAAAGGAUUACAGGAAAGCCAGAGUGAGACAGAUACAGGUUUGGACUCUUCGUUACUUGUUUCUGACUGGUUCCUGACUUGUUCCUGGUUCCUGGACUGGUUCUUGACUGGUUUCUGACUGGUUCUUGACUGGUUUCUGACUGGUUCCUGACUGGUUCUUGACUGGUUCCUGUCUGGUUCCUGGACUGAUGGAGAAGCAGGCCCUCCCAGCAUCCUCCUGCUCUUUGGUUCUCCUGGAGGAGACCAAGAAGAACCCGCUCCUCCUGUCUAACGGCAGCAGUGGUGGCGGCGGUGGCGGUUACCCUCCUGCGGCUACCAAUGGCAGCCUGGUCCCGGCAACGGCAGUGGUGGCAGGGUCUGGCAGCAACGUGAUGGGUGGUGCUUGUGCUGGACCGGACAGAAAGACGGUGGCGCCGGGGUACCCGGAGCGGGAGACAUGGACACGUCAGAUGGACUUCAUCAUGUCCUGCGUUGGCUUCGCCGUUGGACUGGGAAACGUGUGGAGGUUCCCGUACCUGUGCUACAAGAACGGAGGAGGUGUCUUCCUCAUCCCGUACCUGCUCAUCGUGUUCGUCGGAGGAAUCCCGAUCUUCUUCCUGGAGAUCGCUCUGGGACAGUUCAUGAAGGCGGGAAGCAUCAACGUGUGGAACAUCGCACCGCUUUUUAAAGGUCUGGGCUACGCCUCCAUGGUGAUUGUGUUUUUCUGUAACACGUACUACAUCAUGGUGCUGGCCUGGGGCUUCUAUUAUCUGAUCAAGUCCUUUAACUCCACCCUGCCAUGGUCCACCUGCGACAAUGAAUGGAACACGCCCAGCUGCAUCGAGAUCUUCCGCCACCAGGACUGCAAGAACGGCAGCCUCGCCAACUCCACCCUCAUCGGCAACAUGACCUGCGCCGAGCUCGCCAACGCUCGGUCGCCCAUCAUCGAGUUCUGGGAGAACAAGGUGCUGAACCUAUCUUCUGGUCUGGGAGAAGCUGGACAGUUUAACUGGGAGCUCAUGUUGUGUCUGAUGGCCGUCUGGGUGAUGGUUUACUUCUGCGUCUGGAAGGGAGUCAAGUCGACUGGGAAGAUUGUGUACUUCACGGCGACUUUCCCCUACGUCGUCCUCAUCAUCCUGCUGGUCAGAGGCGUCACGCUCCCCGGAGCCUACGACGGCAUCAUGUACUACAUUAAACCUGAUUGGUCCAAACUGGAGGAGGCCCAGGUGUGGAUUGACGCCGGCACUCAGAUCUUCUUCUCCUACGCCAUCGGGCUGGGCGCUCUGACCGCUCUGGGCAGCUACAACCGCUUCAACAACGACUGCUACAAGGACGCCUUCGUCUUGGCUCUGAUCAACAGUGGAACCAGUUUCUUUGCUGGUUUCGUUGUGUUUUCUAUUCUGGGCUUCAUGGCUGCUGAGCAGGGAGUCGACAUCUCGCAGGUCGCUGAGUCAGGUCCAGGUCUGGCCUUCAUCGCGUACCCGAAGGCGGUGAGUCUGAUGCCGGUGGCUCCGCUGUGGGCGGCGCUCUUCUUCUUCAUGCUGCUGCUGCUCGGACUGGACAGUCAGUUUGUCGGGGUCGAGGGUUUUGUAACUGGGAUCCUGGACCUGUUUCCUGGAAAGCACUACCAUCGCUACAGAAGGGAGAUCUCUGUGGCGAUCUGCUGUUUACUGUGCUUCAUUAUUGACCUCUCCAUGGUGACGCAGGGAGGAAUGUACGUCUUCCAAUUGUUUGACUACUACUCGGCCAGUGGAAUGACUCUGUUGUGGCAAGCAUUCUGGGAAUGCAUAGUAGUUGCCUGGGUCUACGGUGCUGACCGCUUCAUGGACGACGUGGCUCGUAUGAUCGGCUACCGGCCUUUCCCCUGGAUGAAGUGGUGCUGGUCCUUCAUUACUCCGUGUGUCUGCAUGGGCAUCUUCCUGUUCCACCUGGUGAACUACAAGCCGCUGACCUACAACAACCAGUACGUGUACCCGUGGUGGGGCGAGGUGAUCGGCUGGUGUCUGGCUCUGUCCUCCAUGCUCUGCAUCCCCGUCAGCGUUCUCUACAAACUGUUCAGAGCCAAAGGAAGCUUCAAAGAGCGCUGGGCUCACCUGACCACUCCGGUGUGGGGGGGUCACCACCUGGAGUACAUGGCCCCCGACAUCAAGUCCCUGACGUCUCUGUCCCCCGGCACCGACGACAACAAGGUCAUCAUCUUUGAGAGCGUCAUGUAGGCUGGACUCCACCAAUCACAGUGCUCCAUCUCCAUCCAUCCAUCCAUCGGUCCCGCCUACGACAAGACGACGCCACCUUCAGGUUUACCUCACAGUGAUCCAGCAGCUGGUGGAUGGAUCCACUGAAACAGCACCAGGCAUCAAACUAGAAGAUUUUAUCACCUGGUGGAGAAGAAAAGAUGAAGAAGCUCCUCCAGGAUGGUUUUAAAAUCACAGCAACAAAUCAGUGUUUCCAAGAAAAUCAGAGCAGAUCUUCCUCUGGAGCUCAACAUGCAAAAUGUAAAUAUUUUUCCCAUUUUUUGACUGUAUUAGGACGCUCGUGUUUCUGAAACCCUGGAGGAGAAGAAGAAAGAUUUUCACUGUGUUCAAACAGAAAUCGCUGCUGAACGUCGUUCUUCAUGUUGGAUGAAGAGAAUCAAUGCAAACUUGUCUUGUUGUGGGCGGGUUGGACACACACACACACACACACACACACACACACACACACACACACACACACACAAACACACACACACACACCUGAUUGACGGCCAUUACACACACACACACACACGCCUCAUUAUUUGACCACCACACCAACAUAAAACACCAGCGCAGAGCCCGGUGCUCACGUCUAAAAGUGUGUGUGUUUAACGGCUGUUUAAUCAGACGGAGUUGUAGACAGACGGACUUACUGACACACAGAAAAUUACAGAGGUCGUUUGUGUCGUAACAGGACUUAAAAACAGCAAAAAAAAAAAAGCUCUUCAGCCCUGUGGUCAAACUUUUGGAAAAGAAAAGUCUCUUGUAGAUUUUCAGGAGUUUUGCGAUCUUUUUAAUUCCACACGACUGAGCUGUAAAACAAGUUCCCGUUAUGAAGCAAACUGCGGUCCCUGAACUCACCACGCUGCCAGGAAGUCAAACUGGUCUCAGUUAGUUCUUUUCCACCAACAAGGAACUGGUUCUGAUCUAGUUUGUGCAUCCACUUGUUAACCUAAUUUGGAGCAUUUUCAACACACACCAAAAAAAAUCAGGUUUUUCCUUCACAGCCAGUGGGCAUGUCUCAUUCUAGUCUGGAAAAAAAAUCUUUAAACCUUGAGUAAUGAAGUUUGCAGGUCAUCAGUGCGAUCUGCCACGAUUGUUAACGCCAGUUAUGCAACACCGUCCAUUCUCAUUCACAUCAUUGAUUAGAAUAAUUACACUCAAAACUCAUUGAAUACGAGCUGGUUUGCUAAAUACCAAGAAUCCCGAACAGAACCGGAGAACCAGAACCAGAGCUGAUUUGGUGGAAAAGGGGAACCAGAGAGUCCUGUAGUCUUGAUCUCAGUUCUAAAACCGGAUCAGGACUGAAGUCGCCCUGAAUACUGAGACUCAGAAGCUCCUCCGGACUCCUGAGCAGCGUCACGUUCUGUCGGACUCCCGACCUCGGAUCACACCCAAACCUGAUCCACUCAGAUGACAGCAGAUCUGAUGUUAGAAGGAACGUUCCAGUGAGAAUUCAGACAUAAACACUAAAAAAUGUUUUUAACACAACUUAACUGACAGAUCAGUGAGGGUGAUUGACUGAAGAGAAGCCAGAAACUAAAUUUGUUUGUUUGUUCCUGGCGCUUUCGACCAAAAGAACUCCAAGUCGCCCUCAGGAGUGGACAAAACAAUCUCAGCUCCAGGUCCACCAACCUGCUGAACUCGGAGCUUUCAAGGAAAUUAACCAGCAGUUAAGCAGUAGUUUUUUUCAUAAUUUAUUAAAUUGGCAAUCUCUGUAAAGUGGAUCUUUGAGUAACAAGACAAGAUUUUGGAGUCUUCCAAAUGUUGGCAAAACUGCAAGUUUGGAAGUUACUGAUUUACUUGAAUUUCCCGAAGAUUUAUCUUGCGUAAUUUUCAGAAAUAUAUUGAUAGAGAUGAGCAGAAAUGUUGCUUGGACCUAAAAUACCAACAAAAAGUAUCAAGUUAUGAAUUAGGCGUGUAGAAGAGGAAGUCUUGUCUCAAAUGUUCCUUGAAACAUUUUCUGUUUUGAGGAUAAAUCUUCAGCUAAUUGGUUCUCAGAUUGAUUGAUUGAUUGAUUGAUUGAUUGAUUGAUUGAUUGAUUGAUUGAUUGAUUGAUUGAUUGAUUGGCAAAUUAUUUCUAUAGAAGCUGAAUAUAUUUAGACUGUUGUUAAGGCAAAACAAAACAGGAAAAGAUGUAUGACAUCUCUCAGAUGGUUAAUUUUGAUUAAUUAAUAGAGAAAAUAAGUCAUAUAAUUAAACGAUUUGAUCAUUAGCUAAAGAACUGAGAAUAAACUACAGAAUCAGAAACAGGUUCAUCUUCCUGAACGUCUCAUGGUUUUAACCAUUUUAUGUGGCUCCUCUUCCCGUCAAUCACAUCUUCCAACCAAUCACAGACUGAAUUUGAAAAAUAUCACUGAGCUCGUUGAGCAGAGACUGAUGUCACACUGGAUCUGACCUUUGACCCCGUCCUGUUCAGUAUCUGACCUGCUGUGUGAGUCAGGUCAAAGGCCGGGUCGACUGAAGUGCCAAACGGAGCGGUUACUGAUCCCAGACCAGGGCUCUAGGCUGCCAAUAUCAACCUGUUCUUCUUCUUCUUCUCUGCCUCGUCUCAUCAGUUCAUCUCUGAAGUCCUCCAGCAAACAUCUGGCUCUCCUCCUCCACAGCUAGCAGCCUAAACCUCCAAAAACACUUUAAUACAUAUACAAAUUUGUCGCUAAAAUCUUGAUUGAACCUCUUUCUAACUUUUCUGUCCAAGAAAAUCCAGAUUCUGGUCAGAAUUCACCACAAAUCAGAUUUUAAAUGUGAAUUUAUUUAACUCUUGUGCCUCACUCAGGACAUUUUUUUAUUUUUUAUUUUAUUAGUUUAACCUGAGGUCCUAUAAUAAGUCCUUAAUAAACUGUUUAUCCACAUUUUUCAUAAACACCCCCCCAGUAAAAUUCAGAAAAUAUAAAAAUAUUUGUUAUAAUAUAUAAUAUUUAUUUAUGAGCAGGAUUAAUGUUAGUUAAAAUAUUUAACUCAGUGAAAAUUCUAAAUAAUAUUAAUGUAUAAGAUUUUAAUAGCAGUAAAAAAGGGCGUAAUUAUUUGCUAAUUAACUAAUCAGAGCAAACUGUGAUUCUGCAUUAAAAAAAGGGUAUAAAUUCAUGUAAUAACUAUGGCUGUCAGACAUUUUCCGUUUUUUGUGAGAAGUGAGACACAAGAAAAAAAAAAGAAACAAUUGACUAAAAUCUGAAAUCUGAAUAUGAUUAUUAGCCUCAGACACCCAGUCGGGGUUGGACAUCGCUGGUUAUUUCCCAGCACACUGCAAAAAAAGAAAAGUUGGGUGAACUCAAAAUUUCAAGGCAACAAACUUCGAUAAAAUUUUAAGUUGGACAAUUAAACUAAAUAUUUUAAGUUUUGAGUUUGCUCAACUCUGAAUUUCUCUGGCACGAUUGUAAAGCUGCUAUGAAAUGUCAGCUAAUGUUGCGACCACAAUUUUGAGUUAGCAUUGAUACGCUAAUGGCUACUCUUGUAGCUGUAACAAGCAGCGCCACUAGCAUCAGUUAGCCGCUAGCAUCAGUUAGCUGCUAGCAUCAGUUAGCCGCUAGCUUUCGCUAAUGACCAAAUUUCACAACAAAGAAAUAAGAGUUAUCAGAACUAUUGUCCCUUGUUGUGAACCCCAACUUAAAGAUAUAAGUUACAACAACUCACAAACUUGUUUUUGAGCAGACAACUGGCUUCCUUUGUUGUGCUAACUUACAUUAUUGCCCUAAAUGUCAGUAAUUUAUAUUUCCAAGUUUUACCAAAUUAAAUCAAAAUACAAGUUGGCUUUUUUGCAGUGCAGGAUGUUCGCCUGCUCAAAGUUAAACUGUAAAUAUGUUAAAUAUAUUUGUUAUCAGCAUGAGACACGACUGAUUUUAAGCUGUUGGAGCGAUGAGAGCCGGAGGACUCAGCCUGAUGCCAAGCGUUGCCUUAUGUCGUUGUCUUAACUCUCUGAGCCCCAAACGAGCCAAACGCAUGUCUCACCAAUCAGCAGUCUGCGGGGGCGGGUCCACAACUCCGUGUCCAUCCAUCCACCUGCCACAAAACCAUCAGAAUGUAAAAUAAACAAAAACAAACAUUUGCACAUUGUUGUAAGAUAAUGUCGCUAGCACUUUGAGAAAGAAUCGUGUUAGAAAUUUUGUUUUACAUAUUGUAAAAUUAAUCAGAGAUUUAUUUUGUGGAGGCUUUUAUUUCGCUGAAACAUUAUGACAGAUUAUAUAUAUAUUGAAUAUCUUUGUGCGUUAUCUAUAUUUGAUGCAGUAUGUGACGAUGACUGUUCACAUUUCAGCCGGCGAACACAAGCGACGGUGCGGCGGCGCUGCUUGCGACCAACUUGAGCUUCAGGCUACCUCACUUCUCAUCCAGACUUUCAAAAUAAACUCCCUCUAGCUUCUUAUGCAAAUGUCUUGGCAGCAGCGGCGCCGGCUGCCAGCAGCAGAGGAUUCUGGGACAUGUUCCUGGAAACAUUUCCCUCCUCAGACAGUUUAACGUCGCAGCUUUCAACGUUCUCCAGCACUAAUAAUAUUAUAAUCUGACGAACACACAGGAUAAAAUAUAAAAAAUGUAAAAUUAGAAUUCAUGCAAGUUUUAAAGUGUCACAUUUUGUGUCUCUAAAUUUUAAUAGGUGAAGUUUUACUCACCAAACGUCGGUGCUGCGAGGUUGUUAAUUAAAACGUGUCCGACCGGCUAAUGUGAACAAGCAGCGAGGGGGGGCGGGCCUUUAUUUUGACGGGUUUGCUGCGGGGAUGUUCAGGCUUCCUGUGGCCACGAACACACCACAAAAGGGAAAUUUUUUUUCUUUACUUUUUUUUAAUUUCAAAAUGUUCAAAGUGCUCAAGUGUUUGAAGAGAUUUAGUUUUUAGAUUAUUUUUUUCUCUGUGUGUUUUAAGUGAAUAUUUGUCCUCAGACCUCCCAAUGGCUCAGAAUCAUUAUUUUUAUUUUAAAGCAGAAAGAAAAAUGUUAUCUUCUCAUCUCAUUUGAUACACUUAUUUUUCACAUAUUCUUCAUGGUGGCAGAUGGUGAAAUAGGUAAAUGAAAUAAAAAUAAAUAAAAUAAAAUGUUUUUAAGGCUGAAAAACUGACUUUAAAAUAAGAAAAGAAUAAAAACUUCCUGAACAGUCAGAAUGCAGUAAAACAGAUACCUCAACCUCGUCAGAUAAUAACUACAUAUCCCAGCAGCCACCUUGUUACCAUAUAUGGUAAUCAAGUUAUUAUGACUACGGAGAGUCCCUGCAGCCAAUCAGCUCAGCCUGCCGUCUUGUCUCUUUUUAACUUUAAAAGCCACAAAAUAAAAUCUUACAAACAUUUUUUAAAAGGACUCCUGUUUCUCAGCCAAUCAGAGCUCUAGUUGGCUCAUUAAAGACAGAGAACAACCAGACCAGCAAAUCACAGCGGGUGUGCUCAAACACUGAUACUUCCAUGCUAUUUAGAGUCAAUACAAAUAUUAAAAAAGUAAAAAUACCAAAAUAUUCUACUGCAUCUGGCCACAUUUUACAGUCUGGCUGUUUUUACCCACAAUCCUCUGCAGCAUGUAUGAGCCAGAGGGUGAUUUAUUUUACAUCACAACACAUUAUCAAAAUACGUCCAAACACAUCAACAACAAGGUCAAAUUAUUAUUAUUAAUAAUAAUAAUUAUAAUAAAAAUAUAUAAUAAUAAUGAUUAAAAAACUAAAUGAAACAGCUAAAGUCUCAUGUUAAAGGGGAUAAAACAUAAAUUUAAUAGAUAUUGUGUUUUAUCGUGACAGUAUUUUAAUCAGAAAGCCAAUGUAUGAUAAAAAAAUAUCUUCUUAUUGUCUGUUUUCAAAAAUAAUCUGAGUUUAUUUGUCAACCGAAAAAUGAGAAUCACUUUAAAUGUGGAACUCAUUUAAAGUUCAGUUGAUUAAGUAUGGAAGCUCAUUUGUGCCGAUGUAAUUAAAAAAAAAAAAAAGAUCCUGUAUGUAAAGAAUUAUGAUUUACACGAUUAAGAAAACAUGGACUGCAACUGGAAUCAACUGUUAAAUUUAAAAUUCACUGAACGCUAAAUGCUACUAUGAGUCAGGAAAAAUAUGUGUUAAAUCACAUUUGUUAAUAUUCAUUGGAUUUUUUAAUAUAUUUUUUUAUUGAAUUGUUGCAAUUUUAGUGAUCCAAGACCCGAUUAGACAAUUUUUAAACAUUUGAAAUAUGUCCUUAAAUUGUAAAAAAAAAAAAAAAAAAAACUUUAAAAAUGGAAAUGGUAACUAACUAAGUGACUUUUUUCACAAUAAUUACUUAAUUUUUCAUAUUAAUUAAAAAAACUGAGAUUGAGUUGACAGGAUACUUUUAUUGGCAUCAUUGAGCUUCCAUAAUUAACUCUCAGAUUAAUUAAUGAUGUAAUGAGCUGAUGCUGAUUGGCCGGGCUGGUGAGAUUUGAGAGAGAGAGAUUAUUUGUGAUGACAUGUUGAUGAUAUUUCACUAAUAAAACUAACUUGAGACAGUAUUUUAUAUAAACAUUAACUCAGAUCAAAAAAAGACAUUUUUUUGUAUUUAAUUUUUUAAAAUUAACUUGUAUCAUUACUGUUUUUUAACCAGAGCCUGGUGGGUCAGAGGAGGAAAUAAUAGAAAAAACAUCUGAAGCCAUUCAAAGAAAAAACUUGAAAAAAAAAAAAAAAAGAAAUUGUACAUUUACCAAAUCUGAUGUUUUUCAUCAUUUUGUCUUUGUGCUCUUCUGCCAAAAAAACAAACAACCUGUUGUGACAGAAUCUUUGAUCCAAACUGGAAACAAGACAAGGACAGGGAGUCAAAUUUAAUUAUCAAAAUAAAACAGCCUGUUUCCACUUAGGAAAUAAAAAAUCUAUGUUUUUUAAAACAACAAAAACCCUCUAAAACAAAAGUGAUUCUGAAAACUGAAACUGAAAAACUGUUUUUUUUCUGGUUUUCGAUUAUUGAUCCUGUCCACCAAACAUUCACCCUGAGCUGGUUUCUGUCAGAAAAUACUGUUUGCCCUGAUAAACCUCCAAAAACAAAGAGUGAAUUUCACGCUGAGCUUUUUAAAUAAUUACAAUUUUUAUUUCCGCUUCAUUUUACCCUAGAUGAUUAUUGUUUUUUUAGGCUAUUUUUUGAAAAAUAUUGUCAAUUAUUUUAUAUCCAAAAACAUUGCCAAAGUGUUUUUUAAUCUCCUGAGAUAAAAUAAAAUGAAAUAAAUAUGGAAGCUUAAAGGGAAAAAUGAUUAUUUUUUAAUUUCUUUAAUUUUUUUUAAUUUUUUUUUGACACAGGCUGGUUUUUAUGAUAUCGAUGGUGCUCCUGAAAUCUUGGAUCGUGAUAUUAAAAUAAUUUUCUUACCGUCAAGUCUUUUGGGAAGCUGAGGCCGGAUCAGUGGAACCAGCAGGGGGCGAUCUCCUCGGGGUUUGGGCUGGAAAACAACGCAGAGUUUAACGAACAGAGCUAAACGAUUAAAAGAAACACAACACUGACGGUUUAUUCUUAAAAAAAUAUCAGAAAAGCAUCAGAUAUUAAUUAAAUGACAGAAAUAAAAAAAAAAACUAACAACUUAGUUUUGAGCUAAUAUCACAAGAAAGAAAAUUGGCAUUUUGGGAACUGUUAUUGUUUUUUCCGUCUGACAAACAAAAAUAUAAAAUAUUUGACUAAUCUGUUCCAAACUUUACAUUGAGCAGGUUCUAACGACACAUUAAGUUUUUUUUCGUGGCGUUUUUGUUUCCAGCCCAAACUCAGCAACAUGUCGGCCAUCUUUGUAGUCCCUGUGUCUCUGUGACUUCCUGUGAACCUCCAGUCUUCCAUCCAUAACCGUAGUUUAGACAAUCGAUCGAUUAAAAAGUGAUUAAAGUAGCUUAAUUGAUGAAUUAAUUAACAAGUAGCUGUGUACUAACGACACUUGGGGCUCGGGACUCGUCGAUGAUGUCAGAGUUACUCUGAGCCCUGAGGAUGUCACCUGUGUUUCAUUGACCUUUGACCCCUGUGAGGGUCUCCAUGCUGUCAGUCACUGUGAUCACUGUGCUCAUUCACCAACAAAUAAAAACUAAAAACUGCAAUAAAACUAACGUCAUGACAAACAGAUAA